AUGGAUGCCAACAGCCAAAACUGUGGCGACGAGGUCACUCCCUCCAAGAAGCAUGCCAUCGAGCAGUCUCCUCGUAAGCAGCCUCCCAAGAAGCCCAUGGUUGAGCAGCAUAGCCAGGGCCCGACCAAUUUCCGUACCGGCGACAAGCUCGACAACGUCACCAACACCGUCGCCACCCUCGAGACCCGCGUCACCAGGCUGGAGACGGGUGGUCAGAAGCGCAGCGACUUCCUUCGGAGGAAAUUGGAAGACCAGCACACAUUCCUCAUUUCCGAGAUCGACAAGAAGCUUGAUCAGGAUGCGGCCAUGACCGACAAAGAGCAUGAGGAGUUGAUCACCGACGUCACCGAGAUGGCUACCCGGGCUUACCUGCGCAAGGUCUUGGAGCGCAAGGUCAAGCGAAUCGUCAAAGACGUCAUCGAGGGCGUUCUCGAGGAGGUUGUCGACGAGGUUAUGGAGGACCUUGUCUAUCGCAAGCUGAAAGAGCGCGAUGCUGCCAUCAAGGGCAUGCUUGAGACCAAGGCCGACCAGGAUGAGCUUGACGAGGUUGACGAUGAGCUCGCGGCCGCUCGCCGCAUGCUCGAGGAGCAGCGCCGUCAGAUCGUUGCCAUCUUGGAUUGGAUUCGGAAUCGCUCUUAA